AUGGACUCCUCCCUCCUCCUCUCCGUCGCGCUCGCGGUGGUGCUGAUCCCGCUCUCGCUCGCGCUCCUCAACCGGCUCCGCCUCGGCCGCCUGCCGCCGGGCCCGCGGCCGUGGCCCGUCCUGGGCAACCUGCGCCAGAUCAAGCCGAUCCGGUGCCGCUGCUUCCAGGAGUGGGCGGAGCGGUACGGGCCCGUCAUCUCCGUCUGGUUCGGGUCCGGGCUGACCGUCGUCGUCUCCACCUCGGAGCUCGCCAAGGAGGUGCUCAAGGAGAAUGACCAGCAGCUCGCGGACCGGCCACGGAACCGCUCCACCCAGCGGUUCAGCCGCAACGGGCAGGACCUGAUCUGGGCCAACUACGGCCCGCACUACAUCAAGGUGCGCAAGCUCUGCAACCUCGAGCUCUUCACGCCCAAGAGGCUCGAGGCGCUGCGCCCCAUCCGGGAGGACGAGGUCACCGCCAUGGUCGAGUCCGUCUACCGCGCCGCCACUGCCCCGGGUAAUGUAGGGAAGCCAUUGGUAGUGCGGAACCACCUUUCUAUGGUAGCCUUCAACAACAUAACAAGGCUGGCAUUUGGGAAGCGGUUCAUGAAUGCAAACGGUGACAUUGACGAACAAGGGCGUGAGUUUAAGACUAUUGUGAACAACGGGAUCAAGAUUGGUGCAUCUCUCUCUGUUGCUGAGUUUAUUUGGUAUUUGAGAUGGUUGUGUCCACUUAAUGAGGAGCUUUACAAAACUCACAAUGAGAGAAGGGACCGCCUGACAAUGAAGAUCAUUGAUGAGCACGCUAAAUCUCUCAAGGAGAGUGGUGCCAAGCAGCACUUUGUGGAUGCACUCUUCACCCUCAAAGAACAGUAUGACCUUAGUGAAGACACAGUUAUUGGACUUCUAUGGGACAUGAUCACUGCUGGAAUGGACACAACAGUCAUCUCAGUCGAGUGGGCAAUGGCAGAGCUGGUCAGGAACCCCAGGGUGCAGAAGAAGCUGCAAGAGGAGCUCGACCGUGUGGUUGGCCGUGAGCGCAUCAUGUUAGAGACCGACUUCCAGAACCUCCCCUACCUACAGGCCGUCGUCAAGGAGUCGCUCCGGCUGCACCCACCGACGCCACUCAUGCUCCCCCACAAGGCCAGCACGAAUGUCAAGAUCGGUGGCUACGACAUCCCCAAGGGCGCCAACGUGAUGGUGAACGUGUGGGCGGUGGCGCGUGAUCCCAAGGUCUGGAGCAACCCACUGGAGUACAGGCCGGAGCGCUUCCUGGAGGAGAACAUCGACAUCAAGGGCAGCGACUUCAGGGUGCUGCCGUUCGGUGCCGGCCGGCGUGUGUGCCCUGGUGCGCAGCUCGGCAUCAACCUCGUGGCCUCCAUGAUUGGGCACCUUCUGCACCACUUCGAGUGGUCCCUGCCGGAAGGCACCAGACCGGAGGACGUCAACAUGAUGGAGUCCCCCGGGAUGGUCACGUUCAUGGGCACACCACUACAAGCUGUCACCAAGCCGCGCCUGGAGAAGGAGGAGCUGUACAAUAGGGUCCCCGUUGAGCUGUGA